GUUAUAUUGACACAUAACCUGAGUUCUCUGUGACGUGUGUUAGAAGAGAAGCGUCAAUUUUCAUCGCGAAAACAAACUCCUCCGAGUUUCUCUUAAAAUUGCGCGAGAGUUGCACAUUUUUGUGACAUAAAAAAGUCGAAAGAUGUCGGAACGCAAGGUUUUAAAUAAAUAUUAUCCACCGGAUUUCGAUCCGUCGAAAAUUCCACGCAUGAAACUGGCCAGAAAUCGCCAAUACACUGUGCGAUUGAUGGCCCCGUUUAACAUGCGAUGCAAAACAUGCGGUGAAUAUAUUUACAAGGGCAAGAAGUUUAAUGCGCGUAAGGAGGACGUCGAGGGUGACGAUUAUCUGGGAAUACGCAUUUACAGGUUCUACAUCAAAUGCACACGUUGUCUGCAAGAGAUAUCCUUCAAAACCGAUCCGAAGAACACGGAUUACGAGAUCGAAGCGGGUGCGACGAGAAAUUUCAUGGCUCUGAAGUUGGCCGAGGAGCAAGCGCAGAAGGAAGAGGACGAGGAAAAGGAGGAGGAAGCCACCAAUCCGAUGAAGCUUCUGGAGAAGAGAACGCUCCAGUCGAAGCAGGAACUGGAACUGCUGGAGUCUCUGGAGGAAUUGAAGGAUUUAAAUCGCAGACAACAGACCAUCGAUUACGAUCAAAUGCUGGAACAAUUCGACACGGAGACCGUCAAGCUGAAGAGAACAGAAAAAGAGCAAGAAGAAUUGGAUGAACAAUAUAUCAAAUCCAUAUUUGGAUUUAAAAGAGAAAACUCGAGUAAAACUGUUGUAGAGGAGGAAAUCGAAGAGGUGGAAGAGGAACAAGAGAUUGUUGAACCCGACAAGAAGAAGUCUAAAACAGAUGACAAAGAAACAGAAAAUCCAGAAUCUUCGAAACUUGCAAGAGUGUCAUUGUGGUCGGAAAGUACGGGAUUGUCGUCCAACAAAAAGAGUUUAUCCACUUUGGCGAGAAAAGGCAAUAUCGGUAUAAAAAUAAAACCGUUACAGGACAAAGCGUCCGAGAGUGCGGUUUCUUCCGUUAAAGAAAUGAAUGUUACGAGCGCGGACGCUAAGCAAAAUAACGCGAGCAACGGUCUCUCGCUACUGGGCGCUUAUUCCGGCAGCAGCGACAACGACAGCGAUUAAUGAAAAAGUAAUAUACAUAUUUAUCUCAAAUGUACAUAUAGUAUU